ACGAUUCAAAGUUUUGUCUGGUGCACAUAACCUGAAAUUAACGGAAUGACUUGUCUUAUUUGACAAACCAGGGUUUUCCCUUUGUUGAUUUAGAAAUCGUCAUUUAAUUAAAAUGGGACAAAGUCAUCCUGGUGGCACUGGUGGCGAUAAAAAGGAAGAGAAAGAUAAAAAGAAAAAAUAUGAGCCCCCAAUUCCUACCCGUGUGGGUAAGAAAAAGCGCCGCACUAAGGGACCGGAUACCGCUUUGAAGCUACCUGCUGUUACACCUCAUACCAGAUGCCGAUUAAAAUUAUUGAAAAUGGAGAGGAUUAAGGAUUAUCUUCUUAUGGAAGAAGAAUUUAUCAGAAAUCAAGAACGGCUUAAGCCCCAAGAGGAGAAAAAUGAGGAAGAAAGAUCGAAAGUGGAUGAUUUGAGGGGAACCCCAAUGUCAGUUGGUAAUUUGGAAGAAAUUAUAGAUGAUAAUCACGCAAUAGUGUCUACCUCUGUGGGUAGUGAGCACUAUGUAAGCAUUCUUUCCUUUGUGGAUAAGGAUCAGUUAGAGCCGGGCUGUUCCGUUCUCUUGAAUCACAAGGUUCAUGCCGUAGUGGGUGUCUUGGGGGACGAUACAGAUCCCAUGGUGACAGUUAUGAAAUUAGAAAAAGCUCCACAAGAAACAUAUGCCGAUAUAGGAGGUCUGGAUUCUCAAAUUCAGGAAAUUAAGGAGUCUGUGGAGCUACCGCUUACCCAUCCUGAAUAUUAUGAAGAAAUGGGAAUAAAACCCCCGAAAGGGGUUAUUUUAUACGGUCCUCCUGGUACAGGAAAAACCUUGCUGGCCAAAGCGGUGGCCAAUCAAACAUCUGCCACAUUUCUGAGGGUGGUUGGUUCCGAACUGAUACAGAAAUAUCUCGGAGAUGGCCCGAAACUCGUGCGUGAACUUUUUAGAGUUGCCGAGGAGCACGCCCCUUCGAUAGUUUUCAUAGAUGAGAUUGACGCUGUGGGAACAAAACGUUACGACUCCAAUUCGGGCGGGGAGAGGGAAAUUCAGAGGACCAUGUUGGAGCUGUUAAAUCAAUUGGACGGUUUCGAUUCUAGAGGUGACGUUAAGGUUAUAAUGGCCACGAAUCGUAUAGAAACGUUGGAUCCAGCUUUGAUUCGUCCCGGGCGAAUCGAUAGGAAGAUUGAAUUCCCUUUGCCCGAUGAGAAAACGAAGAAGAGGAUUUUCAACAUUCACACGUCGAGAAUGACCUUGGCUGAAGACGUUAAUCUUCAAGAAUUGAUCAUGGCAAAAGAUGAUCUCUCCGGCGCUGAUAUUAAGGCGAUAUGUACGGAAGCAGGUUUGAUGGCGCUACGGGAGAGAAGAAUGAAAGUAAUGAAUGAGGAUUUUAAAAAGUCAAAGGAAAGCGUCCUGUACCGCAAGAAGGAAGGCACACCUGAAGGAUUAUAUCUUUAAAAAAAUGUUUUUUUUAAUGCUUGCAACUUACAAUAAAUUAGUAACAAUGAAACAUUAAAAAAAAUUCUUU